CUGUGCAGCGCUCUGGUUCCGGGGCGCAGUUAUCCGGGCGCACUCCCAUGCCCUGUGCCGCUGGCCCCGCUCUCACACUGACAUUCCGGGCGUCCUCUCCUCUGCAGCAUGGUGUGGACCGGCAGAACGCUGCUCCGGAAGUAUGGAAACUUCAUAGACAACCUGAGGAUCCUGGUGAAGGGCGGCACCGGUGGCAUGGGCCUUCCUCGGUUAGGCGGAGAAGGCGGGAAAGGAGGCGAUGUGUGGGUGGUGGCCAAAAAUGGCGUCACGAUGAAGAACCUAAGGAGCAAGUGUCCCCAGAAACGUGCUGUUGGCGGUGUGGGGAUUAAUAGCAGUGUUCGGGCUCUCAAAGGACUAUCUGGGGCCGAUUGUCUGGUGGAUGUUCCCAUUGGCAUUGCCGUUACCGCUGAUGACGGCAUAAAAUUAGGUGAGCUGGACAGAGAAGGAGACAAGCUGCGGGUGGCCAGAGGAGGUCAAGGCGGAGGUUACAAAACAGAUUUCUUUCCUUCCAAAGGCCAGAAGAAAAUAAUCCGCCUGGAUAUGAAACUGAUUGCAGACGUGGGGUUAGUUGGGUUUCCUAAUGCGGGCAAGUCCUCGUUAGUCAGCAAAGUGUCACACGCCAAACCAGAGAUCGCCGAUUAUCCAUUCACAACAGUGCAGCCUGAACUGGGGAAAAUCAUGUAUCCUGAUUUCAAGCAGAUUUCAGUGGCCGAUCUCCCCGGCUUAAUAGAAGGUGCACACAUCAACAGGGGCAUGGGCCACAAAUUCCUCAAGCAUGUGGAGAGAACAAAGCAGCUGCUGUUUGUGGUAGACAUUUCUGGAUUUCAGCUUUCCUAUAAGACUCCAUUCAGAACAGCCUUCGAAACAGUGCAGCUACUGACAUUGGAACUUGAAUUGUACAAAGAAGAACUGCUGGAUAAGCCUGCCUUGCUGGCUGUCAAUAAGAUGGAUCUGCCUGGUGCUGAAGACAAGUUCCAGGAGUUGGUGAAGCAGCUUGAGAAUCCAGAGGAUCAUUUACAUACGUUACCAGAGCAAAUGGUCCCAGAACAACAGAUUAACUUCAAGCACAUUGUCCCCAUCUCCGUGGCUACAAACCAGGGAAUUCCAGACCUCAUCAGUUGCAUCCGCAGAUCAUUAGAUGAACAGGCCGAACUGGACAUCCAAGAAACCGCCAGAGAGAAGCUGCAGAGUCUUCACAUCUUACCUUCUCACAACGUCCCAUAUAAACAGCUGCUUCCUCCCCCAGAACACACCUUGGAUUGAAUCAUCCCCCAGAUGGACAAUAUUGUACAGUAUUUGUAAUUUCAAUAAAAUAUUUUGUACAGAAACA